CUCCCUGUCUACCAGACUGACAGACGCGGAGCCAGCAGGACGCACACUCUGCACGGAUGAUGGCCGAUCUUCAACCACAGAACAUCUGACUGAGCUGCAGGCUCUCCUGGCUCCAGUUUGGUUCCGGGCCCCGCAGACCGACCGCUCUCAUCUUAUGUUCCACUCUCGCCGCUCCCUCUCAGUGAGGCAGCUUUGGAAGCAGCGCUGUGUAACACCCAGCCGGGGUCAGGGGGAAGGGGCGCCCUCCCACCCCGAGGACCUCCACAAUGCCCUGCGCCCAGCAGUCCACCAGAUCCUAAAGAAGCUAAAGGAUGAGCAGCGAUGGCAGUUGUUGGAGGCGGUGGAAAGUCGGGGGCGCUGGGACUGCGGCUGCAUCUGGCUGCCCGGGGAAGCCCGAGCGGGGAAGCAGGUGCUGCCGCCUCAGGUGCUGCUCUGCAGGUUGUACCGAUGGCCCGACCUCCGCACCACCACCGAGCUCAAGAGCCUGAGCCACUGUGAGAACUUCUGGAGGAGGAGUGGGGAUGGCACCUCUGUCUGCUGCAACCCCUACCACUUCAGCCGGCUGGCAGCAGCGGAUGGGGGCGCCUCUUCGCUCUACAAGACGAGAGAGUUCGCCCACCUCGCCCAGUCUAAAGUGGUGCCCACCGAGCAGGAGUCCAGCCGCCAUCAUGUGCGAGGAUUACAUGACACCACUCUUUCCAGAGGAUCCAUGCAUGACGGUCACUGGUGUAAGCUGGCAUACUGGGAGCACCGCACACGUGUGGGGCGCCUCUACAGCGUCACCGAACCUUCUGUCCACAUCUUCUAUGACCUGCCCAAGGCCAGCGGCUUCUGUCUGGGGCUCUUGGGCCUUGAGCCUCGCAAUGAGACCGUGAGACGGACCCAAAAGAAGAUCGGCCAGGGCCUGGUCCUGAGCCAGGAGCAGGGGGAGGUGUGGGUGUACAACCGCAGUGAGCACCCCAUCUUCAUCAACUCGCCCACCCUGGCCACCGUCUGUGCCCGCGGGCAAGCUGUGCACAAGGUUCUGCCCGGUUACUCCAUCAAAGUCUUUGAUUCUGAAAAAGCAGCUGAUUUAUCGGGGCGCUCCGACCUGAGGGAUGGGCCCUGCGACACCCACAGCGUUCGUAUAAGCUUUGCCAAAGGUUGGGGGGCAUGCUAUUCCCGGCAGUUUAUCACUUCCUGCCCCUGCUGGCUGGAGAUUCUGCUCAGCACCUCAAAAUGAGCGGCCUAACGAUGGAUGCGGGGUUCCCUAAAGAUGGUCUGUGCAUCCUGAAGUAGGGUUCCAUCACUGCUGACAAGCUGCCCUCACACAGCAUCACCUUCUCAGCCAGAUGGUGCUCCAUCAUCGGGUGCAGGGAUCCAUCACCAGCACAGGCUCCAUCAUUGGGUGCAGGGAUCCAUCACCAGCACAGGCUCCAUCAUCGGGUGCAGGGAUCCAUCACCAGCACAGGCUCCA